AUGGAAACCAUUUGUGUUGACAGGUAUUUGGGCAUCUCCUCUCCGAUGCAUGCACGAGGAGAAUGGCGAGAAUCACGAGUACGAUAUCUGAUGAUGAUAGUUGUGGUGGGAAGUCUUAUCGCUGACCGCUUUUCAUCACUUCGAGUACAAGUACGGCUAUGCUACCAUGUGCAACGGAACGCUCACCUAUGGAAAACUUGUCCCGAUAGACCGGUACGAGUAGUUACAAUCCUGAAGACGUUGCAAAUAAUUCUGGUCGUGAUUCUGCCACUAAUCGGUAUUCUGUACUCGUCACACAGAGAAGCGGACAUAAAGACCAGCACCGAUGAUCCCAAUGACGAAUUCCUCAGAGACACUGACUCGCGUCAGAAGCGCGACCGAAAAGUCACUAUCACCGUGCUUGCCAUCAUCGCUUGCUUCUUCUUAACCCAUACUCCAUCAACACUUCCUUUUAUUUUGGAGCUCAUCUCACCAAUAAUGACACCUUCUCAACGAGAUUACAUCCGUCGACUAAUGCCGGAACUCGGUCCC